AUGGCGCGAGUGCGAGUGCGACGGGCGAAGAAAAUAAGAACAUUGGCUAACAUCACGAGGAGGGACGACGAGAGGCAGGAACGCGAAGAACGUGGCCUUCCUCCCGAGAUCCUGGAGUUAAUAAUGUCCCGACUAAACCUCCUCGAAAACAUACGCGCCUCAGCUGUCUCCACCCGGUGGCUGGCUUCCGCCGUUUCCGUCCGGCGGACCAAGCCCCAUCCGUUUCUCGUGCACAUCCCAAAACGGGGGGAUUAUUUCGAGUUGUACGACCCUUCAGCCUCCAUCUCGUAUCUCUGUGAGUUCCCCGAGAUCCGGAAUUCCCGGGUCCUCUACUCCAAUGAUGGGUGGCUCCUCCUCAACCACCCCUUCACGCUGACUCUCUUCUUCUUCAGCCCCUUUGAACGUGCCACCCGACCGAUCCCUCGGCCAUGGGCGACGAGGAGCAUGCCCCUGAGCACCGCCUUCACUUCGACUCCUUACUCCACCAGCCUCAUCGUCUUCACCAUCUCCCAGACCAUUCUCAACAUCACCAUCGCCUUUUGGCGGCUUGGGUGGGAACAAUGGAAGAUUAUCACCUUCGCGAGGCCCCUGCACCACUUCUAUAGCGCGUGGGUCCAGAUUGUCUACAGCAGCGGCUGCUUCUACUGCCUGAGCUUGCAGGGGCAGCUGGGGGUGUUCGACCCGGUUACCUUCACCUGGUCAGUCCGUAACAUCGUGCCACCUAUCUGCCUGGGAGUUCAGGUUCUCGGUAACCCGUGGCGUGCGAGGUUCAUGGCCGAGCUCGCGGGGGAGCUUUACGUCGUGUGUACGGGCCCGGGGCCUGGCCCGGUUGUUUAUCGGGUGGGUUGGGAGAAUGGGAAGGAGUGGCUGCCCUUGGGGGGGUCGCUGGAGGGAGUGGCGCUGUUUGUCAACGGCUUGAGAUCUCUGGCGAAGGUGGACGUGGCGAUGCCCACUGCGGGUAGGAUUGUCUUUUCUAAGGUGAAGUUCCAUGGGGCCCGGUGUGUGAUGUACUCUCCCGGUCAGAAGAGGUACUACCCGGACUCAAAGAUGCGUCUUGACUGGAGCAAAGAGGAACCCCAUCGGAACAUAUGGAUUGACAGGCCCGAAAACAUCGAGGAGUGCAUAUAA